GAGACCGACAUUAUAAAGGAAUACGUUCUUGCCUAUGGCAGAGUUAUUAUCAUAUUGAUACAGACAAAUUAUAGAUCAAUUUUGUGACUUGACACUGCGAAAAUGGAAGGACUGAAUACCUGUACAAUAAAGUUGCGUGUCAUGUCAAUACUUUUAUCUUUGGGUACAGUCGCGGAAAUACGGCAUUUAGAUAAUGUAGUGUAUAUUCUACUCCAUUAACAACAACGCGCUAGUGUACAAUGCACUUAACAGAUUAAGAUAAUAUUACGUGCUUUUCAAAUGUGUUAAAUUGUUAGGGGAUUUCUUAAACGAUUAAAUGUUCGACCAUCAAUAUUUGUAAUAAUAUGGAGUUAAGAAUCACUGAUGCCGUUUAAAAUUAAAAUUACUUGUCAAAGGGAAGAUUUAUUUCAAGUUUAGAUACUAUGUUUGAGGCUUAAAAAGAUAACAGGAUUAUUCUAGAAUUUUAAGUAAGACAUUUUACCUGUGACAUGUCGACACAAAUUGAGAAUAGCAAGGUUUGAAUACAUUAAAUUCAAAUACGAGGUCAAAAUUGAACGUUUAUAGUUUUGAUGAUAUGUUUAAGGGCUAAACUUUUUUUUUUAACAAAUAACAUUGAACUGUUGAACCGUUUGCUCAGUAUAUACUAGUUUUCGCGGGUGAGCAUAAACAAAAAUACUCAAUAGUUUAUAUUUUAUAUUUAUAUGGUAAAUAUUCACUUAAGUUAAACCUUGAACGCACGCUUGACUUGAACCCAGUGUUAAAAAGGAACGGUAUUUUUUGUCGUGUCAAGUGCGUUUUCCGCAUACAUAUUCUUAAGUUAUGCUCGUCAGUGAAAUGGAUUGAAACAUGGAUUUUAUUACAGGAUUUGAUCCAUACCAGAUUUUUGAGGUGGAGCAUAGACCAUGUUUGAUUCUUCAAGUUACAGUGCUUUCUGGCAGAAACAUAACCAAAGGAUGGACAGAUUAUGUGGACACUCCGGAUCCUUACAUCAAAAUGUGUAUACGGACAGCCCCGGAAGGGAGAAAACAAACAACAGUGAAAGAUAACGAGGUUAAUCCGGAAUGGAACGAAUCAUUUACAUUCCUCCUGGAUGAGGCAGUCGAAAAUAUUAUGGAAAUACGCCUAAUGGAGGCUAACUACACGUAUGAUGAAGUCGUUGGUACGGUUAAGUUUGACAUCGCGGAACUGAGACGUAACCAUGUUGAGAAAAGGACAUUUGUCUUCAAUGAGGUUUCGGAAAUCGACAUUGAAAUGAAGCUAAGUUUAGACAAAGAUCCCACCCUACGUUACAGUUUGUGUUUGUGUGACCAAGAGAAGGAGUACCUGCUGAAAAGAAAACAGAGGGUUAUGGAAGGCAUGCAGCGUCUCCUUGGAGAUGAAAAGGCGCCGAAAAAUGUCGAUGAUGCACCAACGAUAGCUGUAAUAGGGUCUGGUGGUGGGUUUCGAGCUAUGGUCGGUCUCAGCGGGGUGGUAAAAGCUCUGCACGAUUCCGGUAUCCUACAAUGUACAACCUAUCUUUGCGGCCUGUCUGGAUCAUCUUGGUAUAUUUCUACGUUAUAUUCUCACUCAAACUGGCCUCAGAUGGCGCCAGGAGCAAUGCAGGAUGAGUUGAAAAACAACAUAGAUUCGAGCCUACUGUGGUUGUUGUCACCUCAAGGGGUAUACAGAUAUAUGGACAGAAUCAUGAAGAAAAGACAAAUGGGGCAGCCUGUCAGCUUCACUGACUUCUUCGGUCACAUGGUCGGCGAAACCUUAUUGAAAGGGAGGCUGGAUUCCAAAUUGUCCGAUCAACAGGCUAAACUAGCUGAUGGAGGAAUACCAAUGCCUUUACUAACGUGUGUACAUGUCAAGAAAGACCGCUCUGCCAGGAGCUUUCAGGAAUGGGUAGAAUUUUCACCGUACGAGAUUGGUCUUGCAAAAUAUGGAACGUUCAUGCCAACUAAAUUAUUUGGAGGCAAAUUCUUCAUGGGAAAGCUUUGUAAAGAAUAUGAGGAGCCACCUUUGCAUUUCCUCCAAGGUAUAUGGGGAAGUGCGUUUUGUAUUCUGUUUAAGAGAUUGCUUGAAGACAACAGAAAACUAGAUCCGGUGGAAAUGAUAAGACAGGAAAUGGAGAAGCAACUGGAGGAAAAUGAGCAAGAUGAAAGUAGUGACAGUAGUGAUGAGGGAGAGUUUGAUGACGCGGAAGAAAUAGUUCCAAAUAACAACAGGUCUAGCAUGGUCAGAUUGCCCAAAGCAGAAAGUCUUCCUGGUCGCGGCACACCACAGUCACACUCCUCUCCGAAUAUAAGUGAAAAAGGUCUGGCAUCUAACGGAAAAUCUCAAACUUUACCAAACAACUUCAGAGCUCCAAAACGCAUGGUGUCCACUCGCCGAACAAAGCAGAAGGGAUACUGGUCAGACUUCCUUAAAGGAGUUUUUGAAAAUAAAAAGUUCGAGCUUCUAAGCACCCGGGCAGGGCGGGCAGGAGUAAUUCACAACUUCAUGAGGGGAUUGUCGCUACAACAGAGUUACCCUCUCUCUCCCUUUACACCUGCGAAGAAAGCGGCACCGGAUACUGAUGAAGUUGAUGGGGGAUCUAACACGUCCAGCAGAGUCAGUGAUGAUUUCGAUGGAAUAUUCGAAAUGCAUCCUACCAAUGUAAAACAUCUGUACAUGGUUGAUGCUGGGCUGACAUUUAACUCGCCAUAUCCAGUGGUUUUACGCCCGCAGCGAGAGGUUGACAUUAUUCUGUCGUUCGACUUCAGUGCCAGACCAAGCGAUACCACUCCACCUUUUAAGGAGCUAUUGCUUGCUGCAAACUGGGCCAAGAAGCAUAAAGUUUCCUUUCCACCUAUUGAUACAUCGGUGUUCGAUAGAGAAGGAUUGAAGGAGAUGUACAUCUUUAAGCACCCCACAGAUCCACACUGCCCAGUUGUCCUUCACUUCUGUCUCGUCAACAUUGAAUUCAGAAAAUUUGUUAAACCGGGCGUGCGACGGCGGACAAAGGAAGAAAAGGAUUUUGCCGAUUUUGACAUUUUUGAUGAUCCAGCUACACCAUACUCAACAUUCAAUUUUAAAUAUUCACACGAUGCUUUUGACAAAUUAUCAAAGUUAAUGGAAUUUAAUACACUAUUAAACGUUGAACAAAUCAAAACAGUUAUUGCUCAAGUAGUCGAAAAGAAGCGCGCAGAGCCACCAAGGUGUCUGUGUACGUUGGAAGAAGUCCCGUUGCUCAGAAGAGUUUCCCAGAAAAACAAAAAACGUCUUUCCCGCUUCUUAUCAAGAAUUCGCAGCGGACGAUAUAGUGUAAGUGAUGCCUGUAAAGGAAUUGAUAAAUCCAUUGAAGAAGAGUCAAUAGCUGAAGAAUCAAAAAACGGAAACCUAAGUAGCAAAGAUACAAAUACGUCAGCCACAUUCAGACGUCAACAAGCCGUUAGUAGAAAGAAUCCUAACAGAUUGGGUAACUCAUCUUUGUCUGUAGCUACGGAAGUUUCUACUGAAUUGGAAGAAGAAUAUGCAGAAAAGCGAGAUAUUCCGGGCAGGCGAAAACCGUUACAACCAGAGAAAGCACGACAAUGGCAAGAUAAUCGGUGUUUUUCAAUCGAUGAUGAUGAAGACUCCCAGUUUUAUACGGCGGUACAGACGCCAUCACCUAGAUGAUUGUUUAUUUAAAGUAAUCUAAACACUUUGUUGUCACUCAUUUUAAUAGAAUGUUAGAAAAACAGUGCGAGUGAGCAGGAGAUGGUUUAAACGGAAUCAGGGGGUAAAUUGUUCUAGAUAAUGAUAUGAAAUCUAGACAUGGCAUUUGAACUGGUCUGCCAAACACUUCCUACUUUCUGUCGGCUUUUGUUUUAUCAGAAGUUGUUAUUGCUUUUUUAAAGAAUACAUUCUAACAUAGAAAGACUAAUAAGAUGUGGGAAUGUGAUUGUAUUAAAGCAUUUGUGGCAUAAUUGCUUCAUCAUUUCUCAUGUCACUCUGAUUUAUAAACUGUUCCUGAAUUCAUGUAAAAAAAUUGAUACCCAAGUGUAAAUUCGACUUUGGAAUAGUCUUUGCCAAAACGGUUAUAGGUUUUAUUAUGCCUUAUUUGCAAACGUUUUGUUUGUAAAUUAUGUUCAUUUCAUAAUGACAGUUUGAUACAAACAUCUUGUGAGUCAGUUUGAACACUAGGGUUAUACAUGUAUGAUAAUACACUGAGUAUAAUGUAUAUUGACGUGAGAGUUAUCUUGUUUUCACCUCAAUAUCAAUUAUUUUACCGAAACAAAAUAAAAUUUUGAAGCUUUUAA